UUCCCAAGCCUUCCCUCCGCCCCACCCUUUCGUCUCGAGAAUCCACUUGUCCCGUUGAGCAGGGUUGGAACUGAACCCUGGAGGCUCCACCAUCGACAUUUUGAACAUCAACGCGUUCCAGCUCACAUUGAGUUGUCAGGGACCCGCAGGCCGGAGCGGCGCGUCUCUGUCGGUGAGUAGGUGAAACGGUUCAAGGUCUGCGGUUACUCGAGCGAAGCAUGCGCCCCUCUCGCCAUCAGUCGCCACUGAGUGUUCGGAGUUAGGCCGGCUCCGAUCUGGCCAGCACGCCGUUAUUGUCUGUCUUGUGAAGGUCGGCCCACAUUGUCGCUGUCCUAUCCCGUCGGUAUGGGCCACUGUCCGAAGGUGAUGCUCCAUUGGAUCCUGCUCCGAGAUGGCGUUCGCCGUGAGGUGUGGCCAUUGGCAAGCCAGCAAUUAGAAUGAGCCAAACCCCAAUAGUGCCAGACGCGUCUAGUGCCCCAACGGGGGCACCGAUUCGGCCCCCCUUACGCCAUCGUCGUCGUUCUGCCCCGCCCAUCCAAACAGGAUUGGCCAUGGCCGCCAGCUUAGCCGCCGCGGCGGGCGUGAACUCUGUGCAUUCGCGUGAUCCGGUCUCCACGUUGACCGAGGACCAAUCUGAGGUCGAUUCCCCUGGGGCCAGCAUCCUCAAGAGUGCUCGCAGUCUCAAGGAAGAUUCGCCCAGUGGGCCCAAAGUCCGAUGGCAUCGGCAGCUGACCACAGAGGAAACCAUUCAGCCCGCGUCCAACGAGCCAUCUAUUGGCCAUCCCUCAGAUCUCGUCGCGAUAUCUGUUAAGUGCGAUUCAGCGGUGGCUGCUUCCGAAUCGGCCUCUGUCCCUGUCAAUGGCCCUCAACCUGUUCCAGUAGGCCCACUGGAUUCCGAUACACCGCCAGCUCCGGCGCCGCCCGAGCCCAAAGAGGAUGGGCGAGAUGAUCCGCUUUUAGCUCAGAAAAAACCGCCAGAGAUUGAAGAGGAUGAGGACGAGGAUCAAGACGCCACGGAUAGUUCGCCCGAUGGUCGUUUCCUCAAAUUUCCCGAGGAAAUCGGUCGCGGCAGCUUCAAAACUGUCUUUAGAGGACUGGAUACCGAUUCGGGCGUGUCCGUAGCUUGGUGCGAGUUGCAACAAAAGAAGCUGAGUAAGAUCGAGCGACAGCGUUUCCGGGAAGAGGCUGAAAUGCUCAAAGGCCUGCAACAUCCCAAUAUUGUGCGGUUCUACGAGUCUUGGGAGGUCAACAAGUCCAAGAAUGUAUCCAAGAAGUACAUUGUGCUCGUCACCGAAUUGAUGACCUCGGGUACCCUCAAGACUUACCUCCGCCGAUUCAAACGCAUCAAUCUACGCGUCCUGAAAUCCUGGUGUCGACAAAUCUUGAAAGGACUUUUGUUCUUGCACACCCGUUCUCCUCCUGUGAUUCAUCGAGAUCUGAAGUGCGACAACAUCUUUAUCACUGGACCCACCGGAUCCGUCAAGAUUGGCGAUCUGGGCUUGGCAACGCUCAAAAACCAAUCGUUUGCCAAAUCUGUCAUCGGUACCCCUGAGUUUAUGGCUCCCGAAAUGUACGAUGAGCAGUACGACGAAAGUGUGGAUGUGUACGCUUUUGGCAUGUGUAUGCUUGAAAUGGCAACCUCCGAGUAUCCUUAUUCGGAGUGCACAGGUCCGGCACAAAUCUAUAAGCGAGUGGUCAACGGAAUCCGCCCUUUGAGUAUGGAAAAGGUAGAGGAUCCGGACAUCCGAGAAAUCAUUGAUUUAUGCACACAGCUGGACCGAUCAAAAAGGCCGUCCAUCAAGCAAUUGUUGCAAAUGGAGUUCUUCCAAGAGGAUAUUGGUUUCAAAUUGGAGAUUUUGGACCGUGACAUGAUGGUGGUUAAUCAAAAUAACAUGAUCAAUUUUCGCCUCCGAGUGACCGACAUCAAAAAGCAACGGCGAGAGAAGCCUGCCCACAAAGAGAAUGAGGCGAUCGAAUUCGAGUUCAAUUUGGAUUCGGAUGAAUGCAAUGAAAUCACCAUGAACAUGGUUACGUCAGGAAUUUUAGUGACGGAGGAGGACGCAAAAAAAUUGGCCAAACUGAUGGAACUUCAAUUGGCCAAUCUCAAAAAAGAUCGGGAGGAACGUCUUCGGAGGGACAAUGAACUGAUUGUGCAGCAGCAGCAGCAACAACAGCAGCAACAACAACAGCAGCAACAACAACAGCAGCAACAACAACAAUACAUAGCUGGUCAACAAGCCCUGUAUCCAGGAGAAGGACACGUCGCUCCAAGUUUGGAAUCUGGCUACCACAGUUACGCAACACAGAGUGCUCAAGAAAAUGCCCCUUUACAUCAGUUAAUUGAGAGUGCCUCGGCCCAAUCGCUGGGCCACUGUCACCAUCUUGCUCACAUAUCCCACUAUCAGGGCUUGCGCAGAGGUUCCCUUCCCGUUAACACAAUUGGAUAUACUCUGGCCACGCCCUCGCCCUUGACUGCAUCCACCAAUGAUCUUAACGCCCAAUUAGUGAGCAAUGUCCCGCAAUCGGAGCCAUUGCUUAACACAGCUAAUAACCCAAAUGCUGCUCCUCCGGCCACUACAGUUUAUAACAACAAUCUGCGUAGAGCUAGCGUAGGCAUUGAGUUACCCACUCUCGAAGAGACUCUCAUAGAGCAUCAUACCCAGAACACGGAUGGAACGGCGGUCGAAAACGCAGAAGGUAAUCAGCAUCAUGAUCCGAAUUCUCAACAACAUGAGGUGGAAAAGACAAAGGGAACCAAGAAAUCCAAGCGGAAAAAGAUCACCAAUCUUGGCCCAGUGAUCAAGGUGUCAGGAAUACACCAAGUUGAAGGUGGAGUCAAAGUGGAGGCAGUCAUCGAGACUCUGGAGUCCAAGACGGUCACAUUCGAAUUCCAUACCCUGGACUUCGAUCCAAACGAAGUGUCUUCUGCAUUUAUUGAGCAAUCGUUUUGGCAUGAGCAGCACCGCAAUUUCAUUAAUGACCAGCUAUUGGAUUUGGCCGAGCAACUCAAAGAAAAUCCCACCAAGAUUCCGGUGGCCCGAAUUCCACUGGAUGGGCCUGUGUCUGGAGGCGCUCCGAAUGAACCGCGAAUCGAUGGAUCGGUCGAGACCAAUGUGGACCAUACCAAUAGUCCGCAAAAGGUCAAACCUCAAGAAAGCCACGAGAUCCCUUCUGGAAUCGAAGACAAGUCUAAUGCCCAGAAUCGGUUUUCCCGCUUCUCCGUUCAGCUUGUGGUGGGUGAAGGAGUGAAUGCGGGUGUGUCAGAUGGGUCUAGUUUGCCUCCCCCUUGUCCCACACCCUCUAGAUCGCAAACACCUAGUCUCUUGCCCCAUGAUGGAGGGAAGACAUCUUCAGACGGCACGCCUGUGAACUCGUUCACCCCGGAAUCCACUGUGAGUCCGCAAAUGUUGAAGCAGCUCCAACAACAGCACCAGCAGCAGCAACAACAACAACAGCAAUCAAUCCACCAAGGACAUGGACAAGGUGGAACUCAAUCCCAACAAGACCCCUCUUUGGAAAUCUUGCGUUCCAAAUUAGAGAACGUAAUGCCUUCUCACCCUGUGGGAUCUGAACCUCACCAAUACCACCAGUUGUCCGUCCAAUCCACGCAAGCCAACAAUGCGGCUGGUGGACCUUCGAACCAUCAGUACAGCGGACUGCAUCAUAGCCAAUCUGCCACCGGGGUGCCUCAACAGCAACAGCAACUGGCCAGUUUGGCCUCACAAGAUCCCCAGUUGAGUCUGCCCCCUCAACCGAGCCCGACCAUGUUGCCCGGAGGUCAUGCCCAUACCACCCAUCAGCACUCGGUGCAAGGGGGAGGCCAUUUGGACGGCCACAGCUACAGUGGUGGGCAAGGAAUAGUGAGAACGGUGGAGAUCAAUUGUCCUCCGCUGGAGCAGGUCCAGGAAACAAUGGCUCUUCAGGUGCUAUCAUGGCUGACACGGGUCAAGACGUGAAUCAGUCCAACGCGAACUUGUCAGAUCCAAGAAUUGCAGGAGGAACCCAAUCUGCAUCGAUAGAAAACUUGGAGCUCAACUUGCAGAGCAUUAUGGGGAAGACCACUGGCAAAGCGUCCACCAGUUCGGGCAACAAAGACUCGGCUCCUUUGACCCCUAAUGCUCCUCCGAGCUAGUUUCGUCGUUGAAUCCUGCCAUUCCGUCAGAAACCCCCGAUUCGAUCAUGGAGAGUGAUGCUCCUAAUCGAUUCUCCAUCAGCCUUGUCACGGAUAGUAAUCGGCCAGCCAAUCUGGCAUUCCAGGACAAAGAAGGCAAAAUUGUGGAAGCGAACACUUCAACGCCCAACGCAACCACGGUAGAUUUGUGGUGCAGAAAACGCCUGAUGGAAACUCUGGUCCGAAUACGGAGUCGACGCCUAGCCCUGCAGGUUCAAAUUACACCACCGCGAGUGAGAACACGAAUGAUGUGUCCGAGGAGCAUCCCGAGGUGGCUUCAACUUUGGCCAUGUAUCAGAACAUGCUUCCUCAAGGAGUGCUCUCCCUGCCACCAAUGCAAGUGCCGCCUCCAUCGCCCUCCAAUGAGCACUAUCAUACAGAGGGCAAUGGCGACCAAAUCAGUUCCUCCCAACAGCAAAAGCAGCAACAGCAGCAUCAACAAACAACAAC